AUGCAUCUACCUACACUCAGUGCUCUUCUUGCCUUUGGUAGCAUCGCCGUAUGCACGCCUCUCGACCCUCGGCAGCAAACAGCUACAGCGCUUGAUGCUGCCAUCAAGGCGCGAGGCCGUUCGUACAUCGGCACUUCUUUGACGAUCCGCAAUGACAACACCGAGCAAAACAUCAUCCGCAGUGCGGAGUUUGGUUCCAUUACGCCCGAGAAUGCGAUGAAGUGGGAUGCCACAGAACCCAACCGGGGUCAGUUUAACUGGGGAAGUGCAGAUGCUAUCGCGAACUUUGCGACCCAGAACGGAAAGCAGAUGCGCUGCCAUACGUUGGUUUGGUACAGUCAACUGCCGGGCUGGGUAAACCAAAUCAACAACAAUGCUACACUGAUGAGCGUAAUGGAAAACCAUAUCAAACAGGUCAUGGGGAGAUACAAGGGAAAGUGCACUCACUGGGACGUCGUCAAUGAAGCUCUCAAUGAAGAUGGUACAAACAGAGACAACGUCUUCCUCCGUGUAAUUGGGGAGCAGUACCUUCCCAUUGCCUUCCGCAUGGCCGCAGCUGCCGACUCAUCGGCAAAACUCUACUACAACGACUACAACCUCGAAUACGGCACGGCCAAGCACCUCGGCGCCCUCCGAAUUGUCAAACUCGUGCAAUCCUGGGGUGUCAAGAUCGAUGGCGUGGGUCUACAGGGUCACCUGGUUUCUGAGCCGACUGGCACUCAGAGCGAAGUAACACCGAGUGUUGCUGUAUUGACCAAAGUGCUGCAAGAUUAUGCGAACCUAGGUGUCGAUGUUGCGUAUACGGAGCUCGACGUACGAUCCCGUACCCCGAGCAAUACGCAGAAGUUGGCGGAUGCGGCAGCAGCUUGGGCGAGAAUUGCCCAGAGUUGCAUCAAUGUGCAACGUUGUGUUGGCAUGACUAUAUGGGGUAUCGCGGACAAGUAUUCUUGGGUUCCAGGUACUUUCAACGGAGAGGGGUCUGCAUUGCUGUGGACGGAUAACUUCCAGAAAAAGCCCGCUUAUACAGCGUUCUUGGACGUUUUGAACGGGAAAAACGUGACGACGGUGUAA